AUGCUGGAGUCGUCAUGGCUUCAGCUUCGAGGACCGAUGGAACUGAUGAAGAUCGACGCACCACGUGACAUGGUGGCGUUCGUCUCCAAAGACGAAGGGAGGAAGCAGGCGUCUUCCGAAGAUGCCGUGCUCGUGACGGAGUUUGAGGAUCAAUGCUGGAGCUUUGCGCGGCAGAACGUGGCUCGAACCUUGCAGCUCAUGGAAGCAAAGAUGGUAGCUUCAGCCUCCCCAGCAUUUCAGAUGCAGGCGGAUGCUAUGCGUCUCUACAGUGAGGACGAUGGGCUGCUCUAUACCUUUUGCUGCAUCGGUUUUCACAAUGAAUAUUGCUGGGGCCAUGCGGUACAUCAGGCGUUAAUUCCCGAUCCCGAUGCUUGGGAAGGGGUCUCAGACAUUACCCCGUGGUAUCCCAGAUGUUGCUUUCCCCGGCUACGUGCGAUGUUGAAGGCACCAAUCCCGCACUGGAUGCAGCUCCAAAUUGACAGGGACCUUCGUGCAAUGUCAGGGGACCACCCCGGCGUGCCGUGGCCGCCAAAGGAAGUCCUACCGCAUUUCGCUGGUGUGCAGGAUGGCAAGCGGCCCAUGAAUGAGCAGAAGCGCUUCUGCCACUACCACAUCUCGGGUGGAAAGGCAUCAUUUGGGGAUGCCGUGAUGCGGGAUGCUGUGGCUCAAACGGGCAUGUACGGUUUUGCCCAAAUUGAGGCCAGUGGCAGCGUGUGCUACGCCAUUCUGCAGGCUGAUGGGUCCUUCCAUGCAGCGGAGGGGAACCCCUUCGAUGGCCUCAAGGAUACGGGCCGGAAGGUGACCGUUGACCGCUUCCUGCCACCGGUGAAGCCUCAGGACAUCAUUUGCAUUGGUCUGAACUACCGGGCGCAUGCAGAUGAGCUGAAGCUCCCAUAUCCGAAGAAUCCAGUGGUCUUCAUGAAGCCAACCAGCUGCGCAGCUGGACAUGGAGAUGCCAUUGCGCAACCUCGUGUGUCAGAAAAGAUGGACUACGAGGCAGUCGCAUUACCGUACCUCCAGUCUUUUUUUGGGAUUCCGCCAGCCAUUGGCAUGCCACUGGACCUGGUGGGAUGCUCUUUGAUGUCUUUCCAUGCGGCAGAUCACUUCAUGGGCUGCAAGCCUGGAUUUGCUUUCAAGUUGGACCCCUUGGGCUUGGGCUACUAUGCUGAUGACCUCCCAAAAGCGACGGAGGCUUGGAACUUUGGAUCUUCGCAGGUGUUCGUGAAGGUCGAUGUAAGUUGUGGUGUGGGCCACACUGGCCUGCGCAUUUGGCCCGCGGCACGAGCCAUGGCCCAUCUUCUGGCCGAAUCUCUGCAACCAAGCGCUUCCACCGAUCUCCCCAGUGACAGACCGGAUGGGCCGAGAGUGAAUCUCUACUCACCGACACCCGGAGGAUCUCCGUGCGCCGCUCGCGGUGGUUGGGAUCUCCACCGGCAGCUGGACGUGCGAUCUCGUGGCCGUGCGUUGGAACUGGGCGCGGGCUGUGGCUUGGUCUCCGCGCUGCUGGCGUCGCUGGGUGCCGACGUCACGGCCACGGAUGGGGCUGCGGUGGUGGUGAGGCGGCUACGUGAGACCUCCGAGUUGAAUCAGAAGCCCUUUAAGGUCCGAGAACUUGGGUGGGACGGUGAAGAUGGUGCAGUUGGCGAAGAAAGGCUUCCGUGUGAGACUGGGGAUGGGAACCAUGGCGAUACCUACGAUGUGAUUUUGGGGGCUGAUAUCACCUACGAUUGCAAGCCAAAGACCUUGGAAUCUUUGCUGGACCUCAUCUCCAAGCUCUCUGGCGAGGAGACCCUGACACUUUUGGCUCACGGCCUGCGCAACGUGGAGCAUGCGAUGUUCUUGUGGUCCAAGUUGACUGAACGUUGGAACGUGCAAGUACAGCCGCCACCACCAUGGAAUGUUGAUGAGAACGAGGACUCUGUUCUGAUUUUUGUAGAAUUAGCGGUGGUGAUUGGUCGUGAGUGCAAGGGGGGAGGCCGCGUCCUGUUUUCACCUUCGGAGGAUGUCACGCCAGAGCAGGCUAUGGACUAUGUGCUUGGGUGA